AUACCCGAUGAAAUGUUUAAUAUACCAUAUUCUGCCAAAACGCUUUAUUUACUUUUAUUUCAGAGCCCAAUUGUUACAGUUUAAAAUAUUGCUUCGUCUUUAUUUCUUUAAAACAUAGUUAAAUCACCUUAUAAUGAUAUGUCUUUUAUUCUAUUCUACAGGGUGUAUAUGUGAAUUUUUAAUUACAAGUAACAGAAUUUCACAUCUGCUGGCAGUUUAGCGUAAUGUAUAUUAUUCUACAAUAGAAAACAAAUUUGUUUCUAAGCAAAUUUUAAAAAAUUUAAAAAAGUCUACAAUUUCUGAAGAAUUUUAUAAAAUUCAGCAAAUGUACAACAAUAUAAAAAAAAUCUGUAUCUUUUCUAGAAAUUCUUAUAUAUAUGUAACCUCUAAUAUACUUUUUUUAUUUUUCAGAAAUUUUUUAUUUGUUUGAGGUAGUACUGUCGUUAUAUACUAGAAUUACUGUUUAGAAAUUGAUCAAACUUGGUACAUAAAUAGAUAUUAGCGUGAAAAUUAACCAGUUAAUUUUUUGUGGAUCUAAGAUACGCGAGAGAAAAUUCAAAUGAACAUUUAAAUGUUUACAUGUUUAUCAUAGAGUCUUAUGGAAAAAUACGUUUUAUUCCAUAUUUCAUAAAAACUACUGUUUAGAUCUUGAUAAAAAUUGCUAAAGCGCAAAUAAAAGAAAAUGCAGAAAUUUUAAGGGUUUGAAAACUUGAAUUGGGUACCUGUGAGACUAACAAUAGAGAAAUUAAAAUGUAAAAUUGUUGUUUUUCACGAAUAGUCGGCAAUGACUUAAUAAACGUGGCAACGCCGCAAAAGAGGUUAGAUCUUGCUUGACUCUUUAAAGAUACCUUGGGUCUGUUUCCUUUACUUGCACUUUUCGCACUCGACAUCUUCGCUUUCUCUUUCUCCAGUGCUCGAGUAUAUAUUUAUUUUGUUUAAAGUGCAAAAAAUUUUGGGGAUUUCAAGCAACGCGAACAAACCUCUUGUCAUUUACUUUCUUUGCUCUCCAGAAUUAAGUACUUUUUUGUUUUCGGAUGUUUUUUUAUUUUGAAUAUUAGAAUCAGAAGACGGACCCAUGCAGCUUCAAUAUUUUUAAAACAAAUCCGGCAUCAAGUGAAGUGGUCACAUACGCGCAGUCAGUCCUCCGCGUGGCGUUGCCACAUAUCUAAAGUCUAAACAGUACACUACCCACCAAACACAGAAUAUUGCAGCAACAUUGCGGUAAUUUUGUAAUAUUGCUGUAAUAUUGCUACAAUGUUGUAACAUUGCCGCAAUGUUACUGUUAUGUUCUGUGUUUAUUGGGUAAUUAAAUGAGAGAAUGUACUCGUUUGACUAGUUUGGUACUACCUUUGACAGUACUACCUUAAGAAAAAUAAAAGAAAUUUUGAAACAUAAAAAAUAUUUUUUUAAAAAUUUUUAUAAAUUUAAAAUGUAAAUAAUUUUUUAAAAUAUUAUAAAAUACUAUAAAAAAAUUUUUCGCCAGGAAGUAGGUUACAAUCCCGUGUCUUGUAUCUGUAUGUAAUGAAAUUUUUGCAUAAUAAUUCCAUAAUGCUAAAUAUGAAUAUUUUAGCAUUAUGUAAGGGUUUAUCUUUUUACAGUAAGAGCUUAUCUUUAUGAAAAAUAAUGUACGGCAUGUACGGUAAAAAAAUGUGAUACUGAACUUAUAAAUGAUGUCAGUACUAGAUAUAAAAGUAUUAAAGUAUCUAAAAUACACAGUAGAAAUGUGUAUUAUAAUGUUUAUUAAACAAAUUGUAUAAUUUUAUAGAAAUUAUAAAGAUUUUAUUUUUAUUAGUUUAUAUAAUACUCAUUUGCUACAACAACGGCAUAAUUCAAGUAGAGUUUUUCUAUUAUAAUGUAAUAUUAUAAUGAUUUAAUUUACUGAUUGUAAUAAAAUAAAAAUAUUCCUAACUUUUUAAUUAAUUAAUUCAAUUCUCAUUAGAAUUUUUUUUUGCAGUUUAUUUAAAAUCGACAGUUUUUAGUCAUGUCAUUAUUACAGCAAAUGAGCGAUUAUAUUGUGCGCUAAAUAAAUUUACCUAUAAAUGUAUAAUACAAUGGCAAUUUAGGCGCAACUUAAACUUCAGUUUUCCAAAGUGUAGUUUUAAGUAACAAAUUAUGUAAUAAAGUUCAUUGAAUUUUUGAUUGAUACGAGGGUUAGAAUAUGUAUUAUAUGUAAGAUAUGAAGUUUAUAUUUCGUGAAUAAUGUGUAAAUUUAUACUUUAUAAGAGAUAUCUACGAAAUGUGUUAUAUAUAAUAGGAAGAAAAUUCAGAUAAAUUUAUUUUACAUUAUCUUCAAAAUAUCUGUAUGUAGGUCUGAAAAAAGAUCUUAUAGGUAUUUUGAUCAAUUUGUUUUAUUAUAACUUUUGAACCAAUUGUCCUUUUUAAAUACCCAGUUAUUUUCUAUAACUUUUGACCAUCUUUUGGGCAACAUAUGGAUUUUUCAACGAAAGAAAAUCUCAUCUAUGAAAGCGAUAAAAUUGAGCACCCAUUUCCACACUUUGUUCUCAUUUCGAUUUAUUUAGUAAAUCGGAUUUUGAUAUUAAUUAAUUUGAUAUGAAUUUGAUGUCUUUUUGAUCAUUAUUUCUCAUGGAGGCAUAACAUUUCCUCUCUCACAAAUACUUUUUUUUAUUUCGCGACACUUUUUUCAGCCUCAAAGGAGUCAAGAAUGCAGUGUCAGAUAUGCAUUCAGAUCUUGUCAGCGCCCACCAUCAAAUGUAUGACAAACUAAUUUCUAAAAAUGAAAGCUACCUAACAAAUAUGUACCAAUACAAUUUUAUCAACAUUAAACUCAUACAAAAUAUCUUACAAAUUAAUUUACAUUUAGCUUCCAGAGCCAUUACAACAGUAAUCUACAAGAUUUUUUUCAGACCUAAUAUUUGUAAUGAUACAAUGCAAAAAUCUAAUUUUAUUUUUUAUACUGACUAAGAAUAUACUAACAAGUAACAUUACCCAACUGUUAGAAACUGUUUUUCCUGAAAGUUUGCAAACUUAGAACAAGCGAAAAUAUACUACUUUAGACUGUUCAAAUUGGAUCGUUUUUUGCUUAAACAAUUUUUUCAACAAAUUAUUUAUAAAAAUAAUUUUUUAAUGAAUACCAAAUCCAGAAUAGGUUCUUUAUAGGCUUUCGAGGUCACUAAAUCCAAAUCCGGCAACGAUAUAUGAUGUAUGGAUUUAAAAUUUGUGGUUUUACAAUUCAUGAUCCUAUGUACUUAAUUAAUUCCUUAUUUAUUCAUUAUUGAUCAAGAUUUUAACUUGAUGAAGCAAAUUUGUUGUCGAAUUUGGAUUCACCAAUCUCAAAAACAUAGAGAACCUAUUCUGGACCUAGUUUUUACUUAAAAAAAAUUAUAUUAUAUUUAUAAAUUUGUUGAAAAAAUUAUUUAAACAAAAACCAGACCAAUUUGUACAGUCACAAGUAUAUUUUUGCUCGUUCUAACUCCAUGCAAAGUUUCAGAAAAACCGAUUUCCGAUAAUUGGGUAGCGCGCGUUACUUGUAAAAAGCAUUUUUUAUUUUUAAACAAUGUAAAAAUUAAUAUAUAUGUAAUAAAUAUUGCUCUUAUUAUAAACUGAGCAUUGUAAUAGUCCUUCUGUUAAAAAAAUAAUAAAUUAACUUCUUUUUUACUACAUAAUUUCUAAAUUUGUUUUAUAUGUAUAUAUAUAAUGAGAUAUCUACUACAAUAAAUAUACAACAGAUUUUAGUUAAAGAAAUUUAGAUUAACUUUUAAAAAAUGCCAUAAUUUACUUUUGUAAAUGUAGAGUAAAAUACACUACACUGUAAAAAAAUUGUGUAAAAUUACACCUUUUCCAGUAGGUAAUUUGUGAUCCGCUAUAAUAGGUGUAAAUUUUUGCGUGUUUAUAAUUUUAUAUAUAAAUUUUUCAAUAAUUUCUUAAUUUGUUUUUUACACUUGUGUAUACACAAUAAACAAUUAUAGUUUCAAAAUUAUCCAUUAUAAUAGGUGUAAUUUUACACAAAUUUUUUACAGUGUAGGACGUAGUUAUAAAUCUAAAAAAUAUAUUACAAAAUUAAUAUUAAAUAGAUAUAUUAAAAAAUGUAUUGUUGAACAUCACACAUAAAAAAAUCUGCGAAAAUUUCUUUUUUUUGUCAUUUAUAUGUUGAUCUAAUUUAAACCUAUUACUGUAAUUAAAAUACAUGCUAUAGUAUGAUGCACAUGUGUUUUGUACUCUACAACACAAAACAUAUAAUAAUUUUAACUUUUUUAUCUUUUACUUAAAUUUUUUACUUUUAACUUUUAUUUGAUCUUUCUUGCACAAAUGAUAUAUUAAAUAUAAAUAUGUAGAAAUUUAAUAAAAUGUUUCAUUAAGAAACAUAUUUGCAUUUUUUUACAGCCCUUCUUGCUUUUAUCAUGAUUUUCUCUUACGAUUUUCCAAAUGACUGAAAAAAGUAAUUUAUGUGACAAUUCAAGUCCGACCGAAAAUUCGGUUUCGAUUUUGGUUACAGCCAGUUUCAGUUAAUAAUUGAAAUUCCGGUUUGAUUUCGGCUUUAGCUAAAUAUUUUUUUUAUUUCGAAAUUUUGUUAUUGAGAUAAUAUGAUCGCGAUAAGGAUAGUGUACAACAUAUCACAGAUAGUGAUAACAGAAUAAUUAUAUAAUAUUAUAUAAUAAUUAUAAAUACUAAGAAUUAAUAAUAUGUGUAAAUAUUGUUUCAAUAAUUAAAUUAUAAUAUUUGUAAAGAAAGAGUAUAUAUGUACGACACAUGUAUGUUCUCGUCUAUACAUAUGGUCUUUUUAGGAUUUUCAUGAAAGUUUAAGUUUUCGAUUCGGCCGACAUUGACACAUAAUUGAAUAUUUGUUUUUGAUUUUGGUCGAAUUAAAAAAAAAUUGUUUUGGUUGGAUUCUAUUGAUGAGUCUUAGAAAUCUUGUGUGUAAUUCUUCGGCCGCAAUACGUAGCAUCAUUUCUCAUGCGUAAACGAAUUAAUAACACGAAAAGACUAACUUUCACUGAAACUCCGUUACUUUCUGCUUCGCGACGCGCCGAAAGCUUUCCAUUUCUCGCAGUUAUUACGUAAUAAUUCUCCAAGUGAGAGCCAAAUUAUAUUUGUAUAUAUUAUGAAAUAAUAAAGUUUUUAAUAUGUAUGUUUUUUUGAAGAAAUGUUUACACGGGAGAUGAAAGAAGAGAAAGAAAAGAAGAAUUUUUUAAACAUGAAACAAAGCCCGAAAACCUCCAAACCGGCCUUUAAUAUGAAAAAUUUGAAUGUAGAAAUCGCUACUGCAAGAUUUACUUUUAAAAACGGAGAUAGUUACGAAGGAAAAUAUCGAGUAAACGUUGACAGACGCACCUUAGUUAGACAAGAUCAAGGAAUAUACACAACUGAUAAUUUUGACGUAUACGAUGGCAAAUGGUACGAUGAUAAGUUUGGCAGCGGUGAAUUUCACAUUCGAUACAAUAAUAACGCACAAUACAAAGGAAACCUUGAUGCGAACGGAAUGAUGAACGGUAAAGGUACAUACUUUUUUCCCGAUGGAUCCUUACUAACAGCGAUAUGGUCCGGAAAUAAGCUUGUCUCAGACAUUAUUUACAGAGAACUACUUGGAUAUGAGUGGACAACCACAUCAAUUUCAAAUACCCAUGUAACUUUUGCAACUGCUAAUCAAUUUUGGAAUGAGGUAUAUAAAGAUUGUAAAGUAUAUUCGGAAGGAAAUUUCUCAUCUUCCAUAUGAUAUUAAUAAAAUUAAUAUAAAUUGCAAUCACAAUUACACAAUUGUGUGAAAUGUUAAUUAAAAAUUAACUUAUGCACUCUUUAUUAUAAAUAUUUACUAACUUUAAACAAUUGUUGUGUAUUAUAUUUAAC